GUGCUGGAGGGCUAGGGGAGAGACGUCAUUCCCUGGAACCCGCGGACUUCCUCUCUGCUUGUCGGGUCCUUCUGUCUGCCGGUUGCUGGUCUCAGGCUCGCUCUCUGGCCCAGCCCUCUGUCAUCUCAGCAGCUGUCUUUCUCGUGCCCGCUGGCCUGUCUCUCUCCUUCCCUGCAAUCGCCUUCUUCUCCGCCUGCCUGGGUGGCCGCCAUGGGCCGGAAGCGGCUCAUCACUGACUCCUACCCAGUAGUGAAGAGAAGGGAGGGCCCCGCUGGACUCAGCAAGGGGGAGCUGGCAACAGAGCUAGAGGAAGAGAUCCAGCCCCUGAGCGUGGAUGAAGUGGAGCUGGAGCUGCUGAGGCAGUUUGACCUGGCUUGGCAGUAUGGGCCCUGCACAGUCUCUGGCAUCUCUAUCCCCUUUGAGGUCCCACCUAAGGUCUCCUGCUCGCUACCCAAGAACCUCAGGACACAAGCAAGAGCCAGUUACUGCCUCUCAGCUCAGCCCUGCUGUGGAGGACGUUGCAGGAAGGAGUCUUGCAGGGAACGAGAGACUGAAUCUGGAAGUCUCCGUGCUCAUCCCUCCAUCUAACCAGCAGAGCCCCUCUGAGAGCCAAGGAGCACUUCCUGCAUUGGUGGUGGUCUCUGAGGACAAGGACCUGGACAUGACCAUUCUGAUACCUGCCACAUACCUCCUUGACCUAAACACUGUGAUCCUGGGGAUGCUGUAGCAAUUUAGGCACAGUCUUGGCAGAACAGACUUAGCAGAUGCACUUCCUGCCUAGGGCUAGGAAUCUGACGAUAGAACUGGCUAAGCUUACGGGCAAGGGGUUCACUAAUGCUUAUCAAUAAAUAACACAGCCUGGCACCCUAA